AUGGAAGGUUGUCCUCGACUUCCUGCUAUAGGUUUCGAUCCUAAAGUAUCAAUUGAAUCGGUUAAUCUAUGUGAAAAAAUUCCUAGUUAUAUUACAUCAACUUAUCAAGAAGCUGGUGAUAAAUAUUCGAAUGAAUGUGAACAAAUGAAUCGUCUUCGUCAAAAUACAAUUAAUUCAUCAGCAGAUCAAUCUGGUAUUCAAUUACUUAAACGAUAUUAUUGUCAAUUACAAUUAUUACGAAAUCGUUUUCCAAUGCUACCUGAAACUGAAUGUGCUGUUCGAUUUACAUGGGAAGACGCUUAUCAAAAAGAAGAUAAUUCAUAUAGUGAUAUUCGAUUUGAAGAAGCAUGUAUUUUAUAUAAUCUUGGUGCAAUGUAUUCACGAUUAGGCGUUAAUGAAUCACGAAAAACACAUGAUAGUAUUAAAAAUGCUUGUACUUAUUUUCGUUGUGCUGCUGCAUGUUAUGAAAAAGUACGUGAUCAAUAUACGACCUAUACAUCGGAUAUGACACCUGAUCUAUUAACAUGUCAAAUUCAUAUUCUUUUGGCACAAGCACAUGAAGCCGUAUUGGAAAAAUCUUUACUUGAUCAACGUGCACCUUCAGUGAAUGCUCAUAUAGCUAUGCAAAUAUCGGAAUUUUAUCAAAUGGCACUUCUUAAUCUUACGAAACCAGGAAUUAAUUCAAUUAUAUCAAAAAAAUUUCGUGAAUGGCGUGUAUCAUUAACAUAUAAAUUAUCAUAUUAUUUAGCGAUUACAUAUUAUUUUUCUGGUUUAGUCGCAGAAGAAAAUAAGAAAUAUGGUCAAAGCGUAUGUUAUUAUGAAGCUGGUGUUGAACGACUUAAAGAAGCUUGGAAAAAUGCAGAAAAAAUUUCAUCAGAUAAAGCAAAUGUCUUUAAAGAUGCACAUACAUUUACUAAUGAUGUUGUUAUGGGAAAAUAUAAAGUUGCUAAACGAGAUAAUGAUAGUGUUUACUUUGAAAAAGUACCAGCAUUAUCAAGUCUACCAGCAGUUCAAGGUGCAAUUGUUGCUAAAUCACAACCAUUUGAUUGUCAUGAUCCUGAAGUUUGUGGAACGGAUAUUUUUCAAAAAUUAGUACCAUUGGAUGCACAUUUAGCUGCAUCAGAAUAUAGUGAAGAAAAAGCGAAACUUUUACGUGAAAUUAUUGAAUUAACGGAAAAUAAAAAUCGAGAACUUGAAACAUUUAUGCUAUGUUUACAAUUGGAUCGUGUUCCAUUAAAUAAUGAAUAUCUUCGUUUACCACGUGAAUUACUUGAUUGUUGUGCUGCUGUUGCAGCUCGUCCAAAUAUGUCCAAAGAUCUCGUCUCAGCUAUGCAACAACUUAAUAGUCAACAUCAUGAUGUGGCCGAACAAAUCGAUGAAUUUGAACAAUCUUUAAAGACUUUGGAAGAAACUAAUGAUUCUAUAAAAUCAACUAAAGAAUUCAAAGAUUUACAACCAAAUCUUAAAACUACUCGUGAUAUGAUGUUACAAGCUAAUGAAAGUAAUAUUGAAUUACAUCGACAUAUGACGACUAUUAUUGAACAUUUGAAAAUACUACAAUCACCACUUGAACAAUUAGAAAAAACUUUACCAGUUAUAACGGAACUUGAUGAUGAAACAAAUAAACCAAAAUUAGCUCGACUUGCAUUAUUAAAUGAAAAGAUUGAAACAAUGAAAAAACAACGUGAAAUGUUAGUCAAUGAUUUUCGUAAGAAAAUUCAUGAUGAUGAUAUAACAAAACUUGUACUUAUGCAACGACAAGAAAAUCAUAAACCUUUAUUUUCUGAUCAAGUUAAAAAACAUGAAGAACUUGUUAAUAUUAUCAAACAAAAUUGUGCAGCACAAGAUAAUAUUUUACAAUUAUUAACAGAAGCAAAUGCAGAUAUUGCGGAUGUACGAACAAAAGUUGGAACAACAUUUGAAACUCGUAAUCAAUUAAUUCAAGAAUAUAUUACUUCAUUUAAGUCAUUUGAAGAUACUUUAUCAAAAGCUCAUGAAGGCAUUGAAUUUUAUAAAAAACAAAGUGUGAAAUUAAUGAAAUUAAUCGAUCGUCUUACGACACUACAAUCUCAACAUCAACCACCAAUACCGGCAAGACCAUCGUUACACCGUCAAGUAUCAUCACCAAGAUCUUCACAUCAUAGUCCAUUACCUACUUGGUCUAAUCAAGAUAUUUCAGAACCUAAUUUACCAUCAGCUAUACCUGAUCGACCACGUCUUAAAGAUUAUUUGGCUGCAAUGAAACCUGAAAGAUGGGGUCCAAAUACAGGUCGAUCAUCGAAACGACCACCUACUAAUCGUGAAGAUAAUUUGUAUAUACCUCCACCAAUGUCAAAUAUAGGUGAUAAUAGUAAUUUUUACAGUAAUACACUACCACCAUCAUCAUCUCCUCAUUCCUAUUCGACUGGACCAACAUUAACGUCACAACCUACGUUUAAUCCACAUCAUUAUCAACCACAGUCACCAACACACUUUGAAAAGACACCAAUGCCAUAUGUUCCUUCACCUACGCAAACGCCAUCAUUUCCUCCACAACAUUCAGUAUCAUAUCAACAACCAAAAUAUAAUCAGCCAAUAUCAACUGAUACAAAUCCAAAUUUAUCUAGACAAAAUUUUAGUGAACAAUCACAAAUGACUUAUAAUCCUUCUCCUUCACAACAAUUUGCUCAACACCAACAAUUUUACUCUUCACAUCCGACUGUUCCAUUUCAACAAACAUUUCAUCAACCAUCGCCGCCACCACCACCACAGCAACAACAACAACAACCAGUUCACCAACUACCUCCAACUCAACAAAUGUUUCAUCAACCACCUGUAUCACAGCAAACAUUUCAUCAACCACCAGCACAGCAACUAGUUCAUCAACCAACUUCAGCUCAGCAAACAUAUCAUCAGCCAUCAUCAAAUCAGCAAACAUUUCACCAAUCAUCUCUACCACAACAGCCAGCUUAUCAGCCACCACAACAACCAGUUCAUCAGUUACCUCCAACUCAACAGUUUGCUUAUCAACCACCACCACCACCACAACAACAAUCGUUUCAUCCAUCACUUCAACAAACAUUUCAACAACCGAUAUAUAAUAAUGCGAUUCAGCAACCAGCUCAUUCUUCAUAUCCUCAACAAACAAAUCAUCAAUCAACAGUACAACCACCACAAACAAUGCCAUCUCAACAACCUGUAUAUCAGUCUACUUUACCACAACCAACCGUUUACCAGAAUCAAAAUUUAAAUGAUCCUAAUCGUCCUGCUCAACAAGUUUUGCCACAAACAAAAUUUGAUCCUUACCGUCCACAACCAGUGGGAGCUUAUGAUAUUCCAAAAUCACAAAAUAUACCAUUUACUUCGGCACCAUCACCAUCAGCAUUACCAUCAUCAUCCCAGCAACAACAGCAACAACAGCCGCAGCAACAACAACAUCAACAAAUGCAACAGCAACAUCAACAAAACCAACAACAACAAAUGCAACAUCAAAUGCAACAGCAACACCACCAACAACAAAUACAGCAGCAACAUCAACAACAUCAACUAAUGCAACAGCAACAACUACAACAACAAGUAAUUCCACCACCAACUACUCAUGUUAAUCCUCAGGAUGUUUAUCGUCCAGGUGGUUUACUCUCAACAAAUCCACCACAAGUUCCAUCUUCAUCAAUCAAUAAUAACAAUUAUGAAUCGAAUCAGUCUAUACAGCAUGCUCUUCCUCCUACGCUUGUCCCAUCUCCCGCUACUACAAAAUCAUCAACAAAUACAGUAUCAAAUCAGUCUUUUGUACCUAAAAUUGACGAUGAUUUAUUAUCAUUAGCUCUCGAACAGCAACUAGAAACAACUCUAUCAACACACAAUACAGAACCGAAUAGUCCUGAACCUCAGCCAAUUAGUCCAAUGGAUGAUGAAUUACAAAUAAAAAGUAAUGGUAAACCAAUAGCUUGUAUUCAACCAUUAUCAAUGAUUAUCGAAGAUAAACAAUCAAUUCAACCAUCUGUUACACCUGUGUCUAGUAUGAGUCCACCACAAGACUUAUACGAUGAUAAAGAUAAACUUGAACAAUUCGUAGCUGAUGUACAACGUUUUGAAAAACAUGUUAGUACAAUGACAAAAAAGAUUCUUAACGGUACAGUACCACUUGAAGUAGAAUGGAAAGAAUUAUCUGAUUUACAAGAAAAAGAGGUUCAUACACAAACAUGUGCAAUUGGUAAAUGUAAUUCGAAAUUAAAUCGUUUUCAAGAUUUAAUUCCUUAUGAUAAUUCACGUGUUCGUCUGACACAAACAAAUUCGAAUCAACAAAAACAUUUCAAUGAUUAUAUAAAUGCAACGUCUAUUGGAAGAAUUCGUGAUACUUCAUUUAUUAUUGCUCAAUAUCCAUUAUCAACAACUAUUGGAGAUUUUUGGUCAAUGAUUUAUGAUCAACAUGUAGCUAUUGUUGCAGUACUAUUAAGAUUGGAUGAAAUGCAAUCACUUAAUGUAUAUCCACAGAAAGUGGGAGAAGAACUUCGACUUUCAUCUUUUACAAUUACAUUACUUAGUACAAAGAGUCCAAAUCAAUUGACUAAUCAUAGAAUAUUACGUGUUCAUCAUUUACAAACAAAUCAAUCGAGAACUGUUAUAUGGCUUGAACAUCUUGGAUGGCCACCAAAAGAUAUGCCAGAUAAUCCAGUUGAAUUAUUAAAAUUUAUUCAAGAAGUAGAACAUUUUCUUAUUCAAUCACGAAAUCCACGAAGUACAAUUCUGGUUACUUGUUUAAAUGGUGUAUCUCGUACAGGCCCAUUUUUAUCGCUAUUUACAAGCAUUCAAGAUAUAGAUGAAGCUCGAUCAUUUCCUGAUUUAAAUAAAAUAAUUCGUUUACUUCGUACAAAACGUCGUCACAUAAUACAAGAUAUGAAUCAAUUGAAAUUUGUUUAUGAAAGUCUACUUCGUUAUGUUCAAGAACGUCUUGUUAAACGUGGAGUAUUAAAUGCUAGUUCAAUAAUACAUCAUCAAUCAACAAUUCCAACUUUAAAAUCUACAUCACCGAAUACAAAUACUGCUCUACUUGCAGAUGAAAUGCAAACAAUUAUGGAUAAAGCUAAACCAAUUAUACAGCCAACUCCAAAUUAUGAUGUAGGUCCAAUUCUUUCAUCAACUCCAACAUCAACCAUGAUCGAAGAAAAGCCAUCAAUAAAACAAUUAACUCCUAUUGAAGAAAACUUUAAUUUACGUCCAGAAGAAAGUCAUAUAAAACUUAAAACAACACGAGAUGAUUUCUUUCGAACAAAACCAUCGUCAGUUACAGAUUUAUCUGACCCAUUUAAUAAAUUAGAUCCAUUAUGGACAUUUCGUUAA